UCCGGGGAUCUCCAAAACAGUGAAGGGGUCACCUCCGGGGGUCACCUAAGAGAGAGGUUGAAUUCUAUUAAGUUUAAAAUGUGAUGAACUGUGUAUUACUGAUCAACAUCACUUUGAUCAGGAUGUGAAGUUCUUGGAUCUGAACGACACCAAAAACCUCAGCGGUUCUCGGUUCUCCAUCUGCAAUCAUGCGGCUUCCCCCUACGCCGGGACCACCGGGGUGGAGCCGCUCGUGUUCCAUGGUUCUAGUUUUGCUGGUGUUGGUAUUUUGUUCGUCAGGGGAUGCUUGCUGUCUCGAAGAACAAGGCCCAACAACGGAUUGUUCCUUUUCACACGGCCAGGAUUUUUUCGAAUGUGAAAUUGCAGAGCAGGGUUACCACUUUUACACCUGUCCCGAUGAAGCGAUAGCACCCCUCGAUGACUUACCAGGGCCGGUAGACCCAUUCAACAUAGAACUUUACUUCACCUCAUGCCCACCUAAUAGAGAUAACAUGUACAAGAAGCCCCUGGCUGCCUCAUCCUGCCACACCCCUUGUAGUCAUGGCAACGGGACGGUCCAUGCUGGUCUCAAUAUCACUUUCAAAGCGGAUCCAUGGACUUCUGAGCAUCUGCAAGCCAUCACUAUCUCGCUGCGACGUCAUAAAGGCCGAAGCUUCAACUAUGUGCACUGCGUCACAUUCCGAUUUAACCGAAAUGGACUUUCGCAGGCUGCAUUGAAACACCAUGAGUUCGUCUAUGAUGGCUUCAUUGGUCUCGUACCAGGAGAACGUUAUACAGUCAGCGUUUUAACUCUACCAACCAGGAGUCAAUGGGAUAAUAAUUUAUCAAAAAAUAUAGAAAUCCCUUGGGAGUCCUGUUGGGUUCCAGACCUGAAAAUCCAUGAAACACCAUUUGCCGUCAAUUUCACCCUCUUCAAAGAUCUAAAAUACGGGUUCCAACGUUUUAAAGUCCGUCUUUUCGAUGAUCCAUACAAACCACGCUCUUUAACUGUGGAUUUCAGUACUGCAGAUAUUUAUGAGAUGGAUGGGAAAAACGGCACAAAUAUCCUCUUUGAGUGCAUAGAGCCAACAACAGCUAAGCUGAAAUUAUAUGUUAAACCCGAAGAGUGCCAGUUGUGUCUGGAAAACGUGACUAAAAUUCAAGUUCAAGGUGUAGCACCGAAAUUCAACAAUUGCCCAGAGCAUGACAUCAUCAGAGAGGUUGAAAUGAGGAAACCAAUGGAUGAGAUGAUUCCCGUCCAAUGGUCGCCUCCAACACCAGUCUUCCAGGGCGAUUGCGGGUCUGGCUCCAAUAGUUCUCAUGAUCCAAAUAACACUAGUACUGCCUUCCGAGUUGGGACGACUACUUCCAUCAGGAACGUGGCAUGGCAGUAUUCAUCAGUGUCUGAAUGCACCUUCAAUAUCGAAGUCAGGGCAGAGACCCCAGCUGCCUCCCCACUGGUGAUUAUGGUAUCUUGUCUUGGGGGAGUUCUUCUCAUUGUGGUUGUGCUAGCCCUUGUGUACGCGAAAAGAUAUAAAGACAUGAAACAAAAUGAAAGAGGAUCCAAAGAGAAGCUUCAGCCAAGUAAAGUCACAUUCAAGCCUGUGGACCCUCUCAAACCUGAUGGAAUUGAUUUGGACAGUCUCAUUAAAUGUUCCGAGAGUCAGCUGUCAAUAGACAGGAGUCGCAAAAGCAUCUACCCUAGCUCCCAGGGACUCCCUGGACGCCCUAGAUCUGUCCCCGAACUAUCCUCUGGAUAUUGUGAAGGUGAACUGAUUCCCACCCUUGGACACCCUCAUCUUGAGAGUGAGGCAGAGGAAGAGAGGGAACAUCUAGUGUAUAGACCCAACGAAGAGGAUCGAUCCUCCAACGGAUCAAGGUAUUCAAGCCCCUACUACGAUGAUUCAGCGUUAUCACUAGAAUCCACUUGA